AUGUCGUCCGCAGACUCAAUAAGAGGAGAUCCAACCACAGGAGGACCUUCAAAGUCGCAAGAUGCAGACAGUUCUCGGAAGACAAAACGAGCUAGGACAAGUAGGCCCAAGGUCAAGACGGGCUGUCAUAACUGCAAGCAACGCCGAAUCAAAUGUGAUGAAAAACGUCCCGCCUGCACGCAGUGCAUCCGCUCGAAGAAGGCCUGCACUGGGUAUCCUCCCCCUCCCCGAAGCGCUAGAUCUCAUGAAGUCCUCGCCAUCGCCCCGAAGCCUCUCUCUGCUCCCCCAUCCAAUGGGCCUCCUCCUCUCGCCCACCCACCACCCCGGAGGGCACGGAGGCAACCGGAGCGGCGAGAUGCCAUCACGCCGCAAGCGCCCGUUUCUUCUUUAGGUCCUGUGACGAUGUAUCGCCCCUCGGCCACUUUGCCUCUGUCGCCCCAUGAAGGCCUGUACUUUGAACUGUUCCGGACACACACCGCUGGCGAGCUGUCCGGCUACUUCGACUCGGUCUUUUGGACGCGGACGGUGCUACAGGAAUGCCACACAGAAGAUGCUAUCCGACACGCGGUUGUUGCCCUGGGGGCUCUGUAUAAGACUUUAGAGCAGUCCUCCGAAUCACCGCCCGGUUCCCCGACGAACCACGACCCCGUAGAUAACGCCUGGCAGCAUUGGGAGGUCGCCGUCCGCCAGUACUCGAAAGCCAUCAACGCGCUGGUCCAUUUGAAUAGCGAGGAUCAACGAUCGCACAGGGUGCUUCUCAUGGCGAGUGUGCUUCUUGGCUGCUUCGACUCGUUCAUAGGCGACCACAAGCAAGGCAUCCGACAGAUCCAAAACGGCCUGGAGCUGCUCGAGAAGCUUCGCGCUGAGAGGAGGAAGUCACAACUCUCCGGGUCCGAGGAGCCCGUCGAAGAAGAACUCGUCAUCAUGUUCACACGGCUGGCGAUCCAGGCCAAGUCUUACGACAUGGCCUUUCACUUUCCCCAGCCAUACGUCAUCCGGCUCAUACCCUCAGCAUCCGAGCCACCACAAUCGCCACCAUCAGACGCGGGUGGUUCGCCGUCGUCGACGACCUCGAGCUCCCUCAUGUCUCUCUUCUUCUUCCCCAGUCGCUUCACCACCCUGAUGGAAGCUCGGCACUCCUGGGACAGGCUUCUCGAGGCGAUAAUGAGGUUCACGGAAACCAUGUUCAACUACGCCCAAACCAACGGCAGCAACAGCCCCAUGGGAAUUCUUCCCAGGGAGCUGCAGGAAUAUGGGCUGAGCUUCAGGGGUCACAUCGACGCAUGGUGCGAAGCCUUCGAACCCAUCCUGCAGUCCCGGAGGGCGCCCGACGUCACACACCAGGAAAAAGCCGGCAUCGCGGUCCUCAAGAUGUUCCAGAUCAUGACGCAGAUUCUGUAUCUGAUGACUUUCAGCGCCAGCGAGUCGCAGUUCGACGUGUUCCAGCCGCAGUUCGAGACGAUCGUGGGCCUGGCGCUCGAAGUGGUGGGGGACGAAGAGAGGAGGGCGGAGACCGAGAGGUGCCCCGACCCUUCGCGGUGUCGCCACCGGCGGCAAGAUCAAGACCCAGUGCCGGAUGUUUUCGGACGAUACGACUACACCACGAGGACGCACCACAUCAAGCCCAGCUUCAGCGCGGACCUGGGCAUCGUGCCUCCGCUUUUCGUGGUGGCGACCAAGUGCAGAAACCCGGUCACCCGGCGGCAGGCGAUCCAGCUGCUACGCAGCAGCGCGCGGAGGGAGGCCAUGUGGGAUAGUGAAUUGACGGCACGGAUCGGGGACUGGAUCGCGACUAUUGAGGAAGAAGGAGAUGCCGGGGUCCCCACGGCGAUGAACCCGUGGCAUGGCGCCAUGGACACCUCGAACGGAAACGGAAACGGAAACGGAAACGGAAAUGGAAAUGGGGUAGCAGGUGCGAGCUCGAGCUAUGGUCCUCCCGCAACGGUCCCCGAGGAGAGGCGGGUUAUGGUCAGAGCCGUUGACUUUGAUCUCCGCGCGCGGUUUGCAAGAUUGCAGGUCGGUACGAGGGGUAUCACGCCGGGAUCGCCGGACAUGAGGUCUCGGAUGACCCAGAUUCGGUGGUAA